AUGCCCAAUUAUUCCUACACAUUCGCAGUGCUGGUUGACACAACUUUUUCUACCAUCUACGACCUGUUACAAGAACAUCUAGACGCUUGGGCCCCUACUAUUUUUCUCCUCAUCCUCCUUGUAUCAGCCCUCGCAUCAUACCCUUACCCUGACCUCACCCUCGUUAUCCUCAUCAUCCUUGCAUUCCCGUUCACCCUCUACCUGUUGCUCCAGCAAAGCCAGUACAUCUGGCUGGACCCUUUCGCUGACGAAGCAUACCCAUGCUCCAUUCCACCACCUGACUGA